GUUUCAUUUUACUGUUGUCUUGCUUACAAGCUAAAAUGCCAGAACCAGCGAAGUCCGCGCCCGCCCCGAAGAAGGGCUCUAAGAAGGCCGUGACCAAGGCGCAGAAGAAGGACGGCAAGAAGCGCAAGCGCAGCCGCAAGGAGAGCUACUCGGUGUACGUCUACAAGGUGCUCAAGCAGGUGCAUCCGGACACCGGCAUCUCGUCCAAGGCCAUGGGCAUCAUGAACUCGUUCGUGAACGACAUCUUCGAGCGCAUCGCGGGCGAGGCGUCGCGCCUGGCGCACUACAACAAGCGCUCGACCAUCACGUCGCGGGAGAUCCAGACGGCCGUGCGCCUGCUGCUGCCCGGGGAGCUGGCCAAGCACGCCGUGUCCGAGGGCACCAAGGCCGUCACCAAGUACACCAGCUCCAAGUAGACUCACAAGAGGAAGAAACAAGCUGUAGACAAAUCUUUUCCAACCACUGGUCACUGCUGGACACUGGCAUCUCAAAACCCAAGAAAAUAAGAGGCACUA